AGCUUAGGUUGAAGCCUUCUGCCUUACCUCUUCAUCUAGUCUUUCAUUGUAGUACCUAGGGAGGACCCUCUGACAUUUUUAAAGCUGCGAGCGAAAUAUUGAUAAAACCAUCUGUACAUAAAUUCCCAAUCAAAAAUUAAAAUUAGUUUAAACAGUUUCAUAGUUUAAAUUUUUGCUUUCUUUUCCUUUCUUUUUAACUUUUUUGACAGGGGCUCUCUAGUACGAGGACCUUACUUGCAGACGCAUCUGAUGCUACACCAAUUUCUUCCCCAUUGACACCGCUUCUAACAUCAAAUACUGGAAAUAAAGAAGCUGAGAAAGCAACUUCUAAACCUUCAACAUUUCAAGCAAUUUUGAAGGGGAUAAAACAGAGGAAAGUGGAUCAUGAAUCAGGAAGGGCGCUCAAGUAAAAAUAAAAAAUUAACAAAAUUCAUAGCAGCUGGAUCGCUUGCAUCUUUGCAAAACCUAAAGGUUUCGUCAUUGAAAACAAACAGAGUUAUUAAAGCUCCAAGGUCACUGCCUCUGCAUUCUACUUCUACAUCAGCACAAGCAGUACAUGAGCAAGUGCAACAAAUGCCACUGAACUCUACACCUUCUGUAUCACAAGCAGUACGUGAACAAUUGCAGCAUUCUACUUCUGCAGGUGGAUCGCUGCCUCUGCAUUCUACUUCUGCACCAGCACAAAUAGUACAUGAGCAAGAAAAACAAAUGCCACUGAACUCUACCUCUCUUGCAUCACAACUAGUACGUAAACAAUGGCAACAACUACCACUGGAUUCUACCCCUCGUACUUCACAAACGGUACAAGAACAAGUUGAGGAUUCUUCCAAUCAUGAAACAAACGAGCAAUCCGAGGAACAAGGUCCUUCUGCCGAAAAACGAAAAAGAGGAAAAACUCUGAUGCAAAGUGUUCAUGGUAGGAAAGACCGCAAGCAAAUUGUGCUAAAUGAGAACAAUCAACUCAUAGGUCCUACUGAUGAUGAUGUAAAUGAGUUGGGUAACUUCCUUGGUACAUUGGCAAGGAAUGCGACCAUUUGUCCUCUUAAUGUGUUUGAUUGGAGGAAACUUGAGAUAAAAGAAGAUAUGUGGAAAUAUGUCAAGAAAAUGAAAGAAACCAACACUGAGAAUCGCAAAAAGUUGAGAUAUCCACACACUGCUGGCAAAAAACGUUUUGCUAGAAUAUGCGAGGCUGAAAUGGAUAGAAUACAAUCAACACAAGAAGCUGAAGAUGGAAGUCAAUCAGUUGACAUGUUUGCGUCCGUCAUGGGACCUGAGCAUCCAGGACGCCUAAGAUUGUACGGACGUGGGGUUACCAAGACUUCCUUAAAAAGAAAAGUGGGAGAUAUUGGAACCUCUUCAAGUUCUACCGAUGAGAUGCUGCAACAAAAAAUGGUGGAAAUGGAAGAAAGGAUGCAACAAAGAAUGCAGGAAAAGUUCAAUGCACAAAAAGAUGCCAUGGAACUACAAGUUGCAGUUAACAUCAUUUCACAAUUUAAGCGUCUGAAUCCAGACUUAUAGGUUGAUCCCAGCAUGCUAGCUUUCAAUGCUCGUUCACCUGGAGAUGCUUCCUCUGCACAACAAGUUGUUGUGCAACUAAUCAAUCGUCUAUCUACUGGGAGUAAUAAUCGAGGUGGAGCAAGAAGAAAGGGAAGAUGGAGAAGGUGGAGUAACUGAAGAAAGGGAAGAUGGAGAUAGUGAAGAUCUAGACCUUACUUAAGAAGAACUUUGAGUUGUUGUCGAUAUUCUUGGAGUCUUUUGUUAUAACAUUUGAAACUUUAACUUUUGAAGUGUUGAACUGUAAAACUUAUGUAAUUGGGUUAAAACAUUUUGCUAUUAUCGUUAUUCUUAGCUUAUUGGA